CGCACUGUUUAUUAAACACACACACGAAGCGGCACCGAUAUAAAAAUAAUAGUAGCCCGUUUAAAAACGUGCAAUAUCGCGGCCGGCUAGAUGUUUCUCAAAACAAUACCGACGUAAGCGAAAUAAAGAAUAUCGAAAUCUCCGCCCCCUUGGUGUUGUUUUACCGUGCCCGAUCAGUUUGGGCGCAACUUUCGAACGAUAUCAUGGAAAUCGAACGAAUCAGGACGAUCGUCGGGCGUAAAUGUUUGGCGAACACGUCGCUCGUGGCGAAGGGAUGCCGCAGGGUUUUCGACGGCCUCUACUGCUGGCCGGAAACGGAACCCGGUGCGCUAGCCACUCAAAACUGCACCAACGAGUACUGGCGGGCAACGAACAAAGACGGGCUAGUAACCAAACAGUGUAACCACAAUUCCACGUGGUUCGUCGAUCCCGAUCGAGAAUCGGGAACCAAUUUCAGCCAAUGUGGCGGCAUCUACAUUUUCGACAACAGCCUGAGUAACGGAACCAUCGAUCCCAUCUACGAAACGUGGCUGCCCAUUAUUAAAGAUACGGCUUACGUGGGAUACAGCGUCUCCAUCUUGUCACUGGCAAUGGCUCUAGCCAUAUUCGUUAAUAUCAAACGCCUACACUGCGAGCGAAACAAGCUGCACGUGAAUUUGUUUUUGUCGUUCGUCAUGAGGGCACUCAUGUUCAUCUUGAAGGACGCCCUGUACGUCAGAGGGACCGCCCUACGGAACGACGCUACCUACGACGAAGAUGGCGACGCUUAUUUUAAUUAUAGCUGGCUGUGCCGGAUACUAAUAAGCGUUCGGUAUUAUUUCAUCCUUUCGAAUUUCACGUUCAUGCUGAUGGAAGGUCUGUACCUACACAACCUCAUCUUCCUGAAUUUGUUUUCGGAGAAUCACGGUACUACGGCUUACUGCGUCACAGGAUGGGCAUUGCCAGCGCUUUUCAUCACGUCCUGGAUGAUACUGAGGGCGCUUUUCGAAAACACAUUGUGCUGGACCCAAAAGGACGACAAACACAUCUCCUUACUGAUAGACGUUCCCGUAGGGGUGACCGUGGUGAUAAAUUUCAUAUUAUUCAUUAUAAUCGUGAGGGUCUUGGUGUUGAAACUCCACUUCACGUCGACGUUCAUCCAACAACGCAAAAAGUACAGGAAACUAUUGAAGUCCACAUUGAUUUUGAUACCGCUUUUCGGCAUACCGUACAUUUUGUCACUCGUUUCGUCGUUCUACGUGCACCGCAGUAAAAUUCUGGAAGUAACAUGGCUGUUUUUCGACCAAACUUUUACCGCAUUUCAGGGAUUAUUCGCAGCGUUAGUCUACUGUCUGCUGAACAGCGAGGUGCAGAUAGAGAUCAAACGGAAGUACUGUUCGAUAAAAGAGCAAAACGACAAGGAAUUUAGGCGGAGCCGCACGAUAUCGUGCAAUACGCAGCAGUUCUCGCUCCAAACGAAUGACGAGCCGUUGGAAAACGUCAAUCUUUUCGGCAUGGCGGACUACGAGCCCGCCGCAAAUGAAAACCGUCACAAAUAAAUUCACCUAUACUCCUCAGCACCGAUCGAUAUGUAUAGAUCUCGACAAAAAAAAAUAAAUU